UUUACAAUCGAUAUAGUAGCCAGAUUCAUCGACAUUUUAUUAUCAUUUUCUAAAAUCUCCCCCGGCCAAACCAGAUAAGCUCGUUGCGGAAAUUACUUCCUUACAAAUUUCCUCCAAAUAAUUAGAAAUAUAACUAAGGCGUGACAAACUCGUCACGUAUUGCGUGACUUAGUGGUUGUUCAUUUCUACUCGUCUACGUGUGAUUUUCGGUCGAGUUUCACCAAGGCACGUCGAAUAUUCAUCGCCUCCAAGGCAGAGAAACGCGAAGAUGUCUAAGUCUUUGAAUUUGGGAUUUGGUUACUUUAUUGACAGUUCCCUGCAAACUGCUACCAAACGCUUUUCACACAAGAAACUUUGGAAUGUUAUACUUCAUGUUGUGACAUCUUGGCCCAAGGCUUGGGCUAUACUAUGUAUUGGACGCAAUAUUCUACCCAUCUCUCUCCAGUUGUUACUUAUUAUUUUGAAAUGUCUCCUGUGUAUUGCACAAGAGCCUCCAAUGGGGUUUGUAUAUUCCAUUCUGUACAAUGUCUUGGCAUACUACGCUGUAUAUAUACACACUGGCGUAACAACUUUCCAGGCUGGCAUUGUCAUCAGUUUAUGCCUGGUGCUUCAAUUCUUGGGACACCUUCUCUUGGAAGGUGAAACUCCCCAGAGACUACCAACUAAAGAAGACAACUUGCUAUUUAAAAUACUGGAUCUGGCAAAUGAGUUCUUUCUGGCACCAUUCCAUUUCAGUUUAACAUUGUUGAUCAGGUUCGACUUUCUACCAAUUUUAAGGUGGCGCUCAGAUGCAGCAUUACACAAACUUAUAACAUCAACACAAGAGAUCAAGUAUGGCAAAAAGUCACCAUGAGAUGCCAAGUUCAACCACACAACUUGUUUCAAGCAAAAUUUAAGAACUUCUGCUGGAACUAUGACACUGUGUCAAAGCUGAAAGCUAAGCACUUUUAGUUAAUUUUUCCCUUUCACCCCGGCGACUGAAAAGGAAUUUCUCCAGCAUCAAUACAUUUCACAGCAGAGAGGUGUGGAAUGAAAGACAAUAAUCAAAUAAAAAAUUGUUCCUUAGCAAUUUUUCUGAGCUAAAAUUAAUAAAGUUAAAGGUGAAUGGCAAGCAUUGUGGGGAAUUGUUACUUAGAUCUCAAGAAUGAAAGGAUCAGUUUCUUUGUGUACUCAGUGUGCAGUUUAAGAUUUAUGCCCAAUGUUUUGAACUUGAUUCAACAGGAAAUCAGCUGUUGCUACGAUUUUCCCACAACAGAAAAAAUUCCAUAAUAACAUAACAAGGACUGUUUUUAUUGAACAACUGUUCAUAUUUUACCAUUUAGACUAAAUAACAUAACAUCCCUUUAUUUAUGGAAGUCUCUGAUAUAUUAUGAUUAUAUAAAGUAAAUUUUUUUAAUUCCAGAGUAACAUUUGAUUACACAGUCUAAUCAUUCAGAUGCAUUUGAUAUCAACUUUUUCUCAUUGUGGCCACACAGACACCCAUGCUUCAAUUCCUGACCCUUGCAAAAUCAAUUUUACAAUGUACACCAAGAAACAACCACUACAAACUAUUUGUUGUGUAAAAUAAUUCAUAAAAUGUCACAGGCCAUAAUUAUGAUUUCCAUUGACUUUGAAGUUUAAAAACAAAGUUAAAAUCUUUACAAUUUUCAAAGAAAGAAAAUGAUGUAUUGCUUUUUUAAUUUUCAGUCACUAGUCUUUGCAAAUAUAUCUAGUUCUCUGAUCAAAUCUGCAAUGAAACAGUGUUGUGAAUUUUACAGUAAAAAUAUAAACCACAUGAGCUUUUGUGAAUGUGAGCCUUUCCUCCUCAAAAACUUCAGGACACUUACUUAUACCUGACCCUAAUAUACAUUAAUUUACAGUAGUUGAUUAAUUAAAAA